UAUCACAUAUGUACAGUGACUAUAGUCACUGAUAUGUAUAUAUGCAUGUACUGUGACAAAAUCUUAGACUUUAACAUAAGAAUAAUUAAAAAGUGUUUAUGUUACGUACAGCGACGAUUACAAAUUUUACAAGAACCAUAAAUGGACAGUACUUAUUUUGCGUGUUAAUUCAAUUGGGUUAGGUAUUUUUUAGAUAACUUAUUUGCUGUAUAUCUUAAUUGUUUACAUGCGAUUGUAAACAAAUAUUACGACGUAAUCCAAGUUAAUCAGUUUUAAAUCAUUUUACAAAUUAUUAUCAUUUUAAUACGAUACAUUAAGUGAAAAGAUCAUGGAUAUAGUACUAAAAUUAAAUGAACAGACUGUGGGCAGAGACAAAAUUAUCAGAUUACUGCAAUAUGGAAGUCGUGCUUAUUGGUAUUAUGCUCAAAAUACUCAUAGUACCCAACAUUCUGCAGAAGUCUUAAGAAGUUUAGAAUAUACUUUUAGUUCAUUUAGAAAAUUAUUACGCCUUGGAAGAUGUUUGGAUAGUUUAUAUUCUGCCUUAAAAGUGAUGAAAUACCCAAAUCUAGCUGUAAGGGUUACUUUAACAUUAUCGAAAAUUUCUAAUGCUCUAUUUCUAUUAGCAGAUCACAUCAUUUGGAUUGGUCGUGUGGGACUGUUAAGGGUUAAUAUUGAAAAGUGGAGUAAGAUAGCUAAUAAGUAUUGGUUGAUGAGUAUUAUUAUGAAUCUUAUAAGAGAUAUUUAUGAAAUUAUUACAAUAAUUGAACAUGAUGAAAGAAAAAAUGUAUUAAUGAGAAAACCAAACUUCUCACCUGAUAUGUGGAAACAAUAUAAAUUAUUAUUUCAUUUGAAAAAUCACAAAGAUAUUGCAAUGGAUGCAAUUAAAAAUGGGUGUGAUUUAUUCAUUCCACUGACUGCAUUAGGGUUUACUAAAUUUUCUCCUGGUACAAUAGGUAUAUUUGGUGUUAUAUCUUCGAUUGUCGGUCUUUAUACUUUAAUUUACCCAUUGUACAAGUUAACUCCAGCUUGAAAUUCAUUUCAUUUGUAAAGUACAAUGUUUUUUAUAUAUAUGAUACACAUAUACUUAUUACAAAAGUUUUUAUUUACAUUGAAAGGUACUACUUUUAGUUGUUUAGUUUUUUUUAUACUUUUAAUGUACAUAUUAUUACUAUGCAUUUUAAUACAUUAUAAAAUCAUAGUACUGUGAUAUCUAAAUAGUUAUAUUUUUAAUGUAUUUUCUAUAAAUUUUAUAAAUGUAAUAUAGCAAAUUAUUUAAUAUAUAAGACUAUAUUGUAUAAGGAGGAUUGGGAUAAAAUUUAAACAGAUAAGUUUCCAUGUCUUUAAUUUUGAGUUAUACUUUUAUGAAAAUAUAUUUAUUGAUUACUGA